ACUUGAUCGUGUAUAAGACAGAAAGGAAGAAGCAACCCAGACGUUUCCUUUGGCUUCGUGUUACCGUGCACACUGGAUACGUGUAUUAUCAAAAUGAUAAUAAUGGAAUCUAAAACAAUAUUCUCCGUGAUCACUCUGCUGAUAUAUGUUGGUAAUGUUUGUGAUGGAAUGACCGAUCUCGAAAUAGAUGACUAUUGUCGGACGUAUGGAUACCUACAGGAUAGAAUGCCUGGUACCGGUAUUCCUGCUUCACCUGAACACCGGAAACUAUGCCUCCAACGCUUUCAAAAUUUCAACUCUCUUGAAAUAAAUGGCCUUCCCGACGAAAACACCAUUAAUCAGAUGAAAAAGCCAAGAUGUGGAUGUAAUGACUUUUUAAUGCCGGAGACAAAAUUCAUGAUGAGGAUCAGAAGAGAUUUGAAACAGUUUAAACCAGCAGCGUUUAACCAAGGACCUGGACAAUGGGAAAAGGUCAGGUUAACAUACGCAUUUCUAAACAGAAAUGGAUUUACCUACCAACUGGACCGAUCGGUAAUUAGGACGGAAAUAGCUCGUGCGUUCAAAGUGUGGACAGACGUUUCAACAUUAGAAAUAACCUACACCGACGAUGAAAAAUCUGCAGAUAUAGUAAUAUCAUUUGAAAGGCGUGACCAUGGAGACGGAUCGUCGUUUGACGGUAACGGGCUUGUAUUAGCACAUGCUUUUUAUCCACCACAUGGUGUAACACAUUUUGAUGACGAUGAAAUUUGGGUUAUCAACAAGACAGGUGUUGACCUAUUUACAGUAGCCGCUCAUGAAUUUGGACACGCUUUAGGUCUUGCACAUUCUUCGAACGGCGAUGCCCUGAUGGCACCGUACUACGCCGGUUAUAGGCCAAACUACAAACUACACUGGGAUGAUAUCCGGGGUAUUCAGACCAUUUAUGGUGCCUCGUCAAAUAAUCCACCUCCACCAGUUACUACGCUUCCGCCUCCUACUCGGAGGACACGCCCAACAGAGGCGCCACGCCCAACCGAGGCGCCGCGCCCAACUCGGUUCAUACCUACGACUACGCUACAACCAACAACACCAGAUAUAUGUAGAUUCGAAUUUAAAGGUGUCAUGCGAGAUGACAACGGUGAUAUCCUGGCGUUCAAUUCACGUGGCGAUGUAAUAAGGAUGACAUUCAACGAGGGAUUCAUCGAGCAAUUAAGAUCUUCCGACAUUUUCCCAGGGGCACCUGAAAGGUUCGAUGACGUUAUCAAUGUCGCCUCUGCCGGCACAGUGUUUUUCAGAAGGGCACUGAACUGGAAGUACCAAAUAAAGGCAGGAACCGUAUCGGAAAGGGAGCUAACUGUGAGAGCAUAUAUACCAUAUGCACGACGGCUACUUCGUGAAAAGAUACGGGCUGUGUUUGCCACAAGUCAUAAUCGUGUUUACAUAAUUGGGAGGUACUUUGUGCAGGAGUUUAACGCACAAACGAUGGAGAUGGUGCCAAACUCGUACGGUUAUGUUAGUACGACGUUCCCGGGGAUACCAACAGAGGUCGAUGCAGCUUUGGCCGUUAGUACACGGGAAAUCUACUUUUUCAAAGGCUCAGAGUUUUGGCGAUUUGAUUUAACUUCCCAGCGUAUUUUAGAAAGAAAAAGAAAAAUAGCGCCACGAUUUAUACGAGGGCCCUGUGUUUGACGUUGAAAAACCAUAAAAAUAUAUACUUGAAAAGUAUUUGUUGUUAUAACUUAUUUACAAUGGACAUCGCAUAAACUAUUGAUUGGAAACCAUCACAACAGACGUAUCUGUCAACAAGUGUUGUUUUUCAACUUUCAAAACAUGAAAUAAUCAUUACAACUGUUAACUACCAAACAGUUUAAACCACACGUGGAAUAGCCUUUGACCGGGACUAUUUCUUAAUCACGUGGUCCAAUGUGUUUUGAUUGGCUGACACUAGAAGGCCGCUUUAUGGUGCCGCGGAAAUGAUGACACAAAAAGUAGGUUGCAUUUGUUUUAGUGAUGAUUCAUUUGAAAAAAUAGAUUUAUAUUAAAUUGUGACUUUAAUAAUAAA